AAUCACGUGUUGCCGGCUCCCUGACGCAAAACCUCCGCGACUCCUACUGAUCGUUGCUCCAUGUGAAUGUCGUCGAUCCACUUAUAAAACCUAAUUUGACGAGGUGCACAGCUGAAGAUGUGGGUGCAAAUGCUUUGAUUGGUUGUUCAGGAAGUCUCCUUUUGAAAAUGACCACCAGGCUGCUGUGCAGAUGGGCACGAUGGUUUCCUCGCAGCCCUCAGACUGCCAUAGCCUCUGCCCGCCUGCAGACCUCCACUGUCCACCAUACAGAGCCUCUAUGCUUGAUGACUCUGUCUUUGAUCCGACCUUCUGUUCGGCAUCUCUGUCAGGGAAAUGAACUGGCUAAGAUAGAGGAGGCAACAGUUCCAUAUGAACGUACAAAACUGAUCAGACUUGUGGAAAAAGCAUCCACCCCAGACGAAGUGCUUCAGUUGUGGGAUGAGCACGGUGGAUCGGGCAGUGAGGCCGCCAGGUGUCUGAUCCAGCUGAACUUGCGGGUCGUGGAGAAGGGAGGAAAAGAAGUUUUGCUGGAUCCUCGCUGCAAGAGCAUGCAGGACACUUUAAACACUCAGUUGUCCACAGUGUGGAAUGGAUCUCUGGUGGGUCUUUUGCGUACUCUCACCAUGUUAGGUCUCCCUGCCGAUGCUCCGCUACUCGGCGCCAUCCAGAAUGAAGUGCUCUGGAGGAUCCGGCGCCUCAGCUAUCGUCACCUGUCCUACCUGGCAGACUGGGUAGCCUUUCAGCGCAGAAUGGGGUAUGAAAAUGAUGUGCUUACCUCAACCCUAUUGAAACAACUGGAGCUGCGCUGGACUGAGCUGUCUGACAGUCGCACCAUAACCAUUCUCAUGGGCCGUGCUUCACUUUUCACCCCCUCUCUCAUAGAUAAACUGGAGGACAAAGCUCUGGAGUUGGCAGAGAGUUUUAGCGCAGAGGAUAUGCGGAGGGUGGCAUUAGCACUGGCCGCUCAAAACAGAAGGGCUGUGCCAUUGCUACGGGCUCUCUCAUACCACCUGAACCAGAAACCCUCCUUUGAGCUAAAAACGCCAUUGUUGCUUGAUAUCGCCUACGUUUAUGGUAAACUGAAUUUUAGCCAGACACAGUUUCUCAAGCGACUCGCAUCGGAGCUAUUGCCCAGGUUAUCUGAGCUGAGUUCCUCUGAAGUCAGCCGUUGUGCCAAGUCUCUUGCCUUACUCAAGUGGCUCCACCUGCCUCUCUUUGAAGGCUUUGCUCAGCACUAUGUGAGUUAUAGUGAAAAGUACAGCACUCUGCAGAUGUGUAAUCUCCUCAUGGCUUUCGCCAAACUUAACUUUCAACUCGGCAAAGAGCAAUUUUACCAAAAGGUGCACAAAGCUUUGGAAGAUUCCUUUACGGGUUUAGAGCCCUUCCUGAAAACAGAUAUGGUCUGGUCGCUCUGUGUGCUUAACCAGGCUAAUUCUGAUUACAUCUCCUCUGUUACAAAGCCAGACUUUCAAAAGAAUCUCUCAGCAGGUGGCAUCGAGGGUCGGACUGAGAACUAUCGGCAGAAAUUGCUGAAUAUCUGUGCCUAUGCUCAGCUGGAGCCUCUAGGACUCGCUGUUGAUGCUUCUACUGUGUCGCUGCCAGAUCUUCAGAGUAAAGGAGAGUCCAGUAGUGCUCUGCAGAAAACCCUGCACACGGCCCUCUGGAGCCUGGCCAAUGAGCGAAAACAGGCCCUUCGCACUGCUGUCAAAACUCUAUAUGGCUGGACAAUUGAUGGGGAGCUGGUGGUCGAUUCAGAGAAUAAGCCUAUAGAUAUGGAGAACUUUAAAGCCCCUCAUCUACCUGAAGGUGGUGGAGCUGAUGCCUUACCUGAAGGGGCACGACGAAUCGCAUUUGUGGCUUGGGAUUUUUCAAGCUUUUGUCUGAAGAGCAAGGACCUUCUGGGCCGAUUUGCGAUGCAGAAACGCCACCUACAGCUGGCUGGGUUUAUAGUGGUGGAGGUGCCGUACUUUGAAUUUCUGGAGCUGAAGUCUGACUGGCAGAAAGUGGCAUACUUGAAAGACAAAUUAGGGAAGGCAGUUGCUGAGGAAAUGGCUAAGUGAGCUCUCUAAGCCUGUCAAUAACUUUAAGUGCUUUUGACACAGGCUGCUCACAGACAUCAACAGCCCAAGACAAUAACAUGACUUACAGGUGAGGGAAGGACACAGAAAGACAAUACUGCAUACACGCAAACCGCAGAGAGACAGUUACAGCAUCCUCAGGUCCCAUGAUCCACCCUAACAUCAGAGUGGGAAUCAAACGUGUCUGGGAACUGUGAUCCAUCACCGCAGGAACAGAAAGUGGAGCCUCCAGAAAACAGCAGAUGCUCAGAAGAAACAGAAUUGCGCAUUCGCUGCCUUCCCACUACAAAAAAGUAACUCUAAGCCAAAGAGCUAGAGAAAUGAAAGCGUGUGACUGAUCUGAAGUGUUCGCCACAGGGGGAAAACAACUCCAUACCAACAACCCUCAAUUAUCUGAGCUGUGUGUUAAUCGUAGACAUUCACAUUCUCUACUUCCACCUAUAAUAAAUACAUACACCUUCUGUUUGUGAUGCAGUUGCCUAGACAACACAUGUUGCCAUGGAGACAGUUAUGCUGAAGGUGUAUUAAUGGAGAAAGGGAUUGAGAGUUCAGUACUUGAAGAUACUUAGCACACACUUCACAAUUCACCACUUUAUUACCGAUAAUAAGAAAAGAGAAAUGAUAUCCACCCACUCUGUUUGAUUCAGUUGGUAUUUGUACAUUUGCAUAUAUUCAUGCAUUUUAGGUAUGUAAAACAAGGCAGUAUGUAAGAAUAUACAUAUCAGACGUCAUCAAAUUUUGUUACUUUAAUAUUUAUUUUGGAAAUCAUUGCGCUCUGGGAUAUUUAAAAGUAUUUGCCGGUCUGUUAUUUGCUGUCAGAUUAACUUACUGUGGUUACCUAUAGUGGAUGUUACUCUCUAGAUCUUUUUUGAAAGAUUUUAAGAGAUGUUUUUCACUCAGACUUCCAACUAAACAGCCGUUUCUCAACCACGUUCCUGGAGGACCACCAGCUCUGCCCAGUUUCCAUGUUUCCUUAACCAAACACACCUGAUUCAGAUCAUCAGCUCAUUAGCAGAGUCCGAAAGACAUGUAAUGGGUGUGACAGGCAAAGGAGACAUUCAAAACAUGCAGUGUUGGUGGUCCGCCAGGAACGUGGUUGAGAAACACUGAACUAAGCCGUUUUUGUGUUUGCAAUUUGUGGACAUCAAUAAAUCAAUCUCAUAUUUUUAUCAAA